AUGGGUCUCGGAGCGCUGUUUAGUUGGACGCCAAGUGAUCAGAUUGCCAACGGCUCUUUGACCCUCGAAGCGAAAGUAGGCAUAUCAUACAUCAGUGCUGCCCAAGCAUGUUCGCACGUGGAGUACGAGCUUCCGGACGCAAACACGUUUGAGGACGUGGUCGACGAAGCAAGACAAAUAUGGGAAGAAAAGAUCCUAAGCAAGGUACAGAUCGGAGCCGAUGGCGAUGCGACGAGCACAAAUGCAACACUGAAGAGGAUGCUGUACACAGCAUUGUACCAGACAGGUCUGACGCCAACUGACAAGACGGGCGAAUGCCCCGUUUGGGAGUCAAAUGAUUCCAAGCCAUACUAUGAUGACCAUUAUACUUUGUGGGAUACGUACCGGACCUUGCUACCCUUGUAUCAUCUCAUUUUCACCAAGCCGUACUCUCGCAUCCUAUCUGGACUCAUAUCCAUCUUCACAGAAGAGGGAUAUCUGCCUGCGGGACGCGCCGCCAACUGGAAUGGUCGGGUUCAAGGAGGUACGCACGCAGACACAGUCUUGGCCGACGGCUUUGUGAAGAGCGUCAAAGCACUAUCCGGCGAGACAGGCCGUGGCGAACUCGGCAGUGGGUUCGAUUGGCAGGAGGCUUACCGAGCAGUGAUGAAAGACGCGAACAUACUACCUGAGCGUAAUGUUGACUGGGUAACAUUUGAUGGAGCCACUAAGGAGGGAAGAGGGGCACUGGACGACCAACUCCUCCUUCACUUCAUCACGCGCAACCACACGCGCAGUGUUUCUCGUGGCGUGGAGUAUCCACAGAACGACUUCUCGAUCUACAGCAUGAUAACAGGACUCAAUAAAUCCCAGGAAGUUGUUGAUGAGUUCCGCGAUCGAGCAAGCUGGUGGCAAAAUCAAUGGAAUCCCACAGCGAACACAACCCUUAAAGGUGUUGACACCUUCACCGGCUUUCCCGGACCCAGAAACGCGGAUGGAAAGUGGAAUUUCACUGACUAUGACCCACUAAGCUGCAACGGUUGUGGUUGGGGUUCUGAUAUAUAUGAGGCGAAGUAUUGGGAGACUGCUUUCAGCGUCGCCCCACACGAUAUGGCUAAAGUCAUAAGUCUGAUGGGUGGUGAUGACACUUUCCUUCAUCGGUUAGACGCCAGCUUCCUCCCUGGUUUCGGCACAUCGGUUGGAGAAAACAACGACGCUGGCUCUGCCCUUUACAACCCUGGCAACGAACCAUCCUUUUUGACGCCGUUUCUCUACAACUACGUUCCGGGUAUGCACUGGAAGACGGUCAAUCAGACACGGGCCAUUGUUGACGACUUUUACUCCGACGCCAACAACGGGUACCCGGGCAAUACCGACAGUGGUGCUCUUCCCAGCUGGUUAAUAUUCAACCUCGUAGGCCUGUUUCCUAUAGCUGGGCAGCCGCUUUACCUCCUCUCUGCUCCCCGAUUCUCGUCAUUGAAAGUUUCACUCUUUAGCGGGACAGCAGCAGAGACAUCGUUGACCGUUCUGGCACGAAAUAUGUCAAGCACAUCCUACUACCCGCAGAAGGUUACGUGGAACGGGCAAGAACUCAAUCGAAGUUGGUUGAAGCACGGAGAAAUUGCUCAGGGAGGCGAGCUGGUGUUCUACAUGGGUAACGAGCCGAAAAAGUGGGAUGUUGGCGAGAGGCCGUGGUCAAUGUCAGCAUGGCCUUCACAGGCAUGA